AUGGUAACUGCCUUGGAGUGGGAAGAUGGCCCAUCUUGUGCUCUUUUCUCGGAGGGGACCGAAGACUAUGAGUGGAUGAAUCAAAAAGUAGACAUACCAGUCAAGCAUGUGCAGACAGCAAAUGCUUCUAGCUCUGAUGUGCAGAAUUCAAUCCCAUCAGUGCCAAACUUUGACAACACUCCUCAAGUUGAAAGGCCUAGCAACCUCCCAAUCGCAACAUUUGACACAGCUCCAAAGCUCCCUAGGGCAAACGACAUUCCGGGGCCUGUGUUUGAUGUGUCCCCCAUCUCAUUCAAAAACGCUUCCUCCGAUGGACCUCAAGUAGUAGUGGAUUUGCACGAGACAACCGAGGCGAAUGUUGAGGUCAGGGGUGAGUCCAACAGUCUUGGUAAACAGACAAAGAAGAAAAGGGUGGCUGUCUCCCCAGACAAUGUGCCAACGAUGAAGAAGAUUAAGAUAUACAAGACAAGAAAACCAAAGAAAAACGAGCUUCUGCCCGACUUCAUUGAAAUAGAUGGCUUCCAUACAUCUCUCGAGAAUUUUCAUGCAUCUCUAAAGCCAAGAGCGGAGAUUGACAAUGAGGUCAUGACCUUAUACCUGAAGACAUUCAAGUAUGAUGAGUCAGUGAAGAAGAAGAAGCCAAAAAAAAUUGUUUUCUCAGUGUUGAUGAGUUUGAAACUCAGUGCUGAGCCAGAUGUGUUUGAUCCGAAGGUGUGCGAAAAAGAAUUUAAGAAUGCUUGCUUACAAAAUCACAUUUCAAAAUCUGACCUGCUAUUCUUCAUGGUUGUACACAAAAGGCACUGGGCAGUAGUAGUUGUUAACAUCACCCAAAAGGAGUUCAAUAUCUUUGACUCCAUUAGGAACUCGGAAGACCUUUUUGAGAUGGACAGGAUCACUAAGAAUGUGGUCGCAAACAUCAAGAGUGUUGCAAUGAGGGAGCCACUUUUUAAGCACAAUCUCGAGUCUUACUCGCUAUUCACCCCACUUGAUUACCCUCAACAAAAAACUUACUAUAACUGUGGCUACUAUAGUAUUUUAUACGUGGAGAAUUGGGAUGGCCUUGUUAUGCUGUCAUUUGGCGAGGAUUACAUCCCAAACCUUCAGAAACGCAUUGCAGCAGAUCUGUUGAGACACCCAAGCAACAAGUUGGACCCCGCGCAUCAGCUGAAGCUGCUUCUUCAGCGUUAGAUGGGUGUUUUCGAGCUUCUGCAACAGGAGGAGUCAUGGCAGCGGUGGCCUAGUACUGCUGACGCGAGUUAUUGUAGCUAGCUAGAGUGUAGUUGGGAGCAUGUUCUUGUCGCCAGCUCGAGUGUAGUUGAGAGCUUGCUCUUCUAGCCAGCUCAACUGAACCUUUUUCACAAUGCAACUCUGAAUGAAUCACAGGAAUGUUUCAGUGUGUGACUGUAUGCAAGGAUUUGUUUUUUGUGAAGCCUAUUCAAGAUUGUUUGUCAGCUUAUGCAGGGAUUAUUUGUUUUUUACUUGCCUUUUCAAGAAGAUUGUUGAUAUACUUUGACUGUACCUGGCUUGAGAUCUUUUUUUUCUCACAAGUAGUUACAGUGUAUCUGCUAGUAUCUCUAUUACUCAUAUGGAAUUAGUAAUUACAGUGAAUAUACACCUUUUUUAUAUGGAUUUAGUAAUUACAGUGAAGUUCGACAUCAUCAAUGAAAGUCAAUACAUUGUACUCACACAUGUAAUCGUGUGUGAAGUUGAAUAAUCGCAACAAUAGGGUGGGGUUGGGGCGAUUGUCGGGCUGUUGUUUCUCUUCAUCUUCAUAACUUUUCAAUCUCACUAAAACAAAAGGAAAUGUAAUGCAAUAUCCUUUCUAUGUGGCAACGGGCAUGUCAAAAGUUUUUGCUGCAGUUUCUCCAGUGUGUUUUUUAUGGAAAAGUUUUUAAAACAGGAUGCUUCAAUGUACUUGUAUGUUUAAGUAGCCAGCAACAACAUCAUGCAUUGUUGUCCCAAGGAAACCUUUCAAAAUAAAAGCUACAAUGGUGGAAGUACAAUGAGCCAGCAACAAUAUCAUAAGCAACAAGGGGAAUUGUAAUUUCAGAAAAAGAAGAACAUUAUAUCAGGCACAACUCAAUGCAUGAUGAAAUAACUACUUUUUGUCCUCUAAUGUAAAUUGCACCAUUCUCUUUGUCAAGAAACUAAUCUAUGUAACCAAUAUUACAAAUGUGUAGUAGCAAGAGAGUUUUCUUUUUCUUUUUCUGGUCGAAGUUGAUCA